AUGUGUUCUUGUUUAAAAAAGUAUUUCUGUAUGCAAAUUCCAAUGAAAUUUUCAUUGCAGUCUCAAGAGAACACCUCUCAGAAGACAUCCCAGGAACAUUUUAUAAUCAUAAUUGGACACUUCAUUGAGAUAAACUGUACAGUCCCCAAAGAUGUCAUUUCUGCCUUAGCCAGCAUCAACACCAAGCAUACGUAUAUCCAGUUUGUGGACUGGUGCCCCAAGGUUGGCAUUAAUUACCAGCCUCUCACUGUGUUUUGUGGUGGAGGCCUGGCCAAGGUCCAGCGGGCUCUGUGCAUGCUGAGCAACACCACGGCGGUAGCUGAGGCCUGGGCCAGCCUGGACCACAAAUUUGACCUGAUGUAUGCAAAGCGUGCCGUUGUUCAUCAGUAUGUAGGUGACAGCAUGGAGGAAGGAGAGUUUUCUGAGGCCUGUGAGGACAUGGCUGCCCUGAAAAAGGAUUAUGAGGAGAUUGGAGCAGAUAGUGCUGAUGGGGAUGAUAAGGAUGAAGAGUAUUAAUCUGAAUAUGGAAUCUUGCACUCUUGUCUGUCUUGGAAUUGUCUUUAUUUGUAUUUUAUGAGGCU